GCCAAAAUUAAUUUUUUAAGCUCCAAAUACUAGAAGACUUGAGGAGAACGGAGUAAAAUACGUCGUAAUGUUGUAAAGGUAGGAGAAGAAUGAAAUCCGUAGCGUUGCGGCGGCGGAAAUUUUGGUUUUGGGUUCACAUAGACGCGGUUUAUGUUGAAUGCGCUUCCAUCGCUAACCAUUCCACCGUCCUUGAAUGCCAUUUCCCCUAAUUUCUCUUUUUUCUUCAUCUUCGUCUUCCUCUCUGUUCUUCGUCUUCCCACAUUUGUUUCUUCGCAUUCGGAUUCUGGUCCUGCCGAACCCACACAUGUCUGGGGGUCAACCUGGUGGCUUAUGAACUUCCCUAAACUCAUUACUAAUUCACACCACUUUCCCCAUUUCUUAUCCGUAUGGACCUUUCCAGUAGUCGGCCCCGAUGAGAAAUCUGAUAUUUUCAUGCAUUUUUUUUAUAUUCAAUUCCUCGAUUUUACUUAGCAUAGGAAAUCUUGUGGUCUCUGGACGAUGCCCUGAGGAUCAGCGGUCUCUGUUGCUCGAAUUGAGGAAUAAUCUCACGUACAAAUCUGAUUUGUCCGUGAAACUGGUUCAGUGGAAUGAAAGUGUCGAUUACUGCAUUUGGAAGGGUGUUACCUGUGUUGACGGCUGUGUUACUGGUCUUGAUUUGAGCGAUGGGUUGAUUUCCGGAGGGAUUGAUAAUUCGAGUAGUCUUUUCAGUCUUCGGUUCUUGCGAAUUUUGAACUUGGCUUUCAACAGGUUCAAUUCCACGAUGCCGUCCGGAUUUGAAAGGCUUUCGAAUUUGAGUGUGCUGAAUAUGUCUAAUUCUGGAUUUGGAGGCCAGAUUCCUAUUGAGAUUUCAAGCUUAACAGGGUUGGUUAUGCUCGAUCUCACUAGCUCAUCUCUUUUUCAAGCUUCGACACUGAAGCUCGAGAACCCAAAUUUGACGACUCUUGUUCAUAAUCUGAGCAAUUUGAGAGUUCUAUAUCUUGAUGGUGUUGAUUUAUCAGCUGCAGGAAGUGAAUGGUGCAAGGCCUUAUCGUCUUCGCUGCAUAAUCUGAGAGCGUUGAGUUUGUCGGGCUGUUCACUUUCUGGACCUCUUGAUUCUUCCCUUGCGAAGCUUCCAAAUCUAUCAGAAAUUCGUCUGGAUAGCAACAACUUUUCCUCACCGGUUCCCAAGGAAUUUGCAGAUUUCCCUAAUUUGACUUCGCUGCAUCUUAGCAAUUCAAGAUUAUUUGGAGAAUUCCCUCGUAGAAUAUUCCAGGUAUCAACUCUCCAAACUCUGGACUUAUCCCUGAAUAUGUUGCUGCAAGGUUCUCUUCCAGACUCCCAAUUCAAUGGAUCUCUUCAAGUUCUUUUGCUUCGUAACACCAAUUUUUCUGGGGAACUGCCAAAUUCUAUUGGGUAUUAUAAGAACUUGACCAGAUUAGACUUGACGAGUUGCAACUUUGGUGGGUCCAUCCCAAAUUCUAUUGAAAAGCUCACACAACUCACAUAUAUGGACCUUUCGAGCAACAGAUUUGUUGGUCCAAUCCCAUCCUUAUCCUUAUUGAAGAAUCUUACUGUUUUAAUCCUUGCUCAUAAUAGGUUGAAUGGUUCCAUGCUUUCCACUAAAUGGGAAGAGCUUUCCAAUCUUGUUAACCUUGACCUGCGUAACAAUUCCCUCGAUGGAAAUGUUCCUUUAUCUAUAUUCCAUCUUCCCGCAAUCCAGAAGAUUCAACUCUGCAACAACCAAUUUACUGGUAGUUUGAAUGAGCUCUCUAACGUGUCUUCUUUCUUACUUGAUACCCUUACUUUGGAGAGCAAUUGGUUAGAGGGACCAUUCCCAUCGUCGUUUUUUGAACUUCGAGGUCUUAAGAUUCUCUCACUUUCAUUCAACAAUUUUACUGGAAAAUUGAACCUGGACAUGUUCAAGCAGCUUAAGAACAUAACAAGACUUGAACUCUCAAGUAACAGCCUGUCAGUUGAAACAGAGAGCACUAAUUCAAGUUCUACCUUUCCUCAAAUGACCACACUGAAGUUGGCCUCUUGUAAGUUAAAAAAGUUCCCUGACUUCUUGAAAACCCAAUCUCUGCUCAACUCUCUUGAUCUCUCUGAUAAUGAACUUCAAGGAAAAGUACCUCUUUGGAUUUGGGGACUCAGAACUGUUUCCCAAUUAAAUCUUUCUUGCAACUCUCUAGCUGGUUUUGAAGGAUCUCCAAACGAUCUUUCUUCCCGUCUCUAUCUUCUUGACCUUCAUUCCAACGUAUUUGAAGGGCCACUCUCGGUUUUCCCCCCAUCUGCUUCCUAUUUGGAUUUCUCCAAUAACAGUUUCAGUUCUGUUAUUCCACCUGCGGUUGGAAACUACCUCGCGUCUACAGUUUUCUUGUCUCUGUCGAGAAAUUCUUUUGAAGGAAGUAUUCCGGAGUCCAUAUGCAAUGCUACAAGUCUUCAAGUCCUGGAUUUGUCUAGUAAUAACUUGCGUGGCAUGUUUCCCCAAUGUCUAACUCAGAGGACUGAUAAUCUUGUGGUACUAAACCUUAGAGGAAACGCCUUGAAUGGCUCCGUUCCUAAUACAUUUCCGGUUACUUGCAGUCUGAGGACUCUUGAUCUAAGUGGAAACAACAUCGAGGGGAAGGUACCGAAAACUUUAUCCCAUUGCCGUCAGUUGGAGGUUCUGGACCUUGGGAAUAAUCAGAUACGAGAUGUCUUUCCAUGCCCAUUGAAGAACAUAUCCACUCUGCGGGUGCUUGUUCUUCGCUCGAACAAAUUUCAUGGGAGGUUUGGAUGUCAUGAGAUCAAUGGCACCUGGAAGAGCCUGCAAAUUGUGGACAUAUCUCGAAACAACUUCAAUGGCAGUAUUUCUGGGAAGUGCAUACUCAAAUGGAAAGCAAUGGUGAAUGAGGAAGAUUAUAGCAAGUCAAGAGCUAUUCACCUUCGUUUUAGUUUCUUCAAAUUCAGUUCUGUGAACUAUCAAGACACAGUAACUAUUACGAGCAAAGGUCUAGACGUGGAGCUCCAAAAAAUUCUAACAGUCUACACAUCCAUCGACUUCUCCUGCAAUUCCUUCGAUGGGCAGAUACCUAUAGAAGUCGGGCAACUUAGAGCUCUUUAUGUUCUCAACUUGUCACACAAUUCGCUGUCGGGUGAAAUUCCUUCAUCCAUAGGAAAUUUAAGUCAGCUGGGUUCUCUAGACCUUUCAAGUAACAGGCUUAGUGGCACAAUCCCUUCACAGCUUGCAAAACUUUCGUUUCUAGGAGUGUUGAAUCUCUCCUACAAUCUGUUGGUUGGUAUGAUCCCGAAUGGCCCUCAAAUCCAAACAUUUUCACCAGAUUCCUUCGCAGGUAAUCCAGGAUUAUGCGGAGCCCCAUUGGCGAAGAAAUGCAAAACCACCACCCAUUCAACUUCAGACACAAGAUUCUCGGAGUCAUCUUCAGCAGCUAAUGCUGAUUGGCAAUUCAUAUUCAUUGGAGUUGGGUUCGGAGUAGGAGCAGCUGCAGUUGUUGCCCCUCUCAUGUUUUUGGAUGUCGCAAGAAAAUGGUCGGACGAAACGGUUGAUAAAAUUGUGCUCGUAAUUCUUCCAUUGAUGGGAUACGUGUACCUGACUUCCAGUGAACGCAAAGUGGAAGCAGAAGAAGAUGAUAGUGAAGGUGAGGAUUACAUUGCUGUUGGGUAUGAAAAUGAAGAAAGUGAAGAAAGAUCCGCAGAGUUUGAAGGGCCAUAUUGUGUUUUUUGUUCCAAACUUGAUAUCUACAGGAAGAAGGUUAUUCAUGAUCCUCGAUGUACAUGCGUCCGUUCACCUUCCCCCUCUUCUUCCCAUUCUACAUUUCUGUAGAAAAAUUCAGUCGUCAAAAGUUCAUAUUUUCCAUUCUUUUUUAGAUUCUAUUAUUAUUUACAAAAUAAGAGCCUUUCUUCUGUACAUAAUUCAGUCGUCAAGAUUUGACCUUUCCCGUGUAACUAUCUCCUCAUAAUAUAUUAUGAUACAUAUUUAC